AUGCAAUAUCUCAAGAGUGUCCUGCCAGCUUUGCUGCUUGCAGGCACUAUCGUAGACGCCACCACUUACACUAGAUCAGCUACAGUCAACAGCUCAUUCGGCUACGAUGCGACCUCCUUCUACCUCCAUGGCGAGGCCUUCCAGAUGCUUGGAGGCCAAAUGGAUCCUCAACGCAUACCGCGGGAAUAUUGGUCUGAUCGAUUGCUCAAAGCCAAGGCGAUGGGUCUGAACACCAUUUUCUCUUAUAUCUACUGGAACGAGCUGGAAACGGCGCCUGGCCAGUGGGAUUGGAACCGCAUCAGUGGCAUGAACGAUAUUGGUGCUUGGUAUCAGGAGAUACAAAACGCUGGAUUACAAGCCGUCCUUCGGCCUGGCCCAUACGUGUGCGGUGAAAGAGACUGGGGCGGGUUUCCGGCAUGGUUGAGUCAGGUGCCUAACAUCACUGUAAGAACAAACAACCCACAAUUCCUCAUGUUAUCUGAAUACUAUUUGGGCAAUCUAUCGCAACAUGUCCAACAGUACCAAGUCACGAAAGGCGGGCCCAUCCUGAUGGCUCAAGUGGAGAACGAGUACGGAAGCUUCAGUAACGAUCACGACUACACAGCUGCUCUCUCUGCCAUCAUAGCAAAGCAUUUCGAUAUCGUACAGUACACCAACGACGGAGGUAGCACCCCACCGAAUAUCGUGAACGGUGCUGUUCCAGGCAUCCUGGGUGAGAUUGACGGCGAUCCUUAUGCUGGGUUCACGAACCUGGAGAAGUAUGCUGAGAGUUCGAGUCGAGGCCCGAAAUUGGAUGGAGAGUAUUAUAUAAAUUGGCUCACAACCUGGGGCCCAAACGCGACAUACCCAUAUGUGAGCGGCAUCGGCUACAACGACAGUCAAAACAUUGCCGGGCUAAAGUACAUCCUCGACCAAGGUGGCAGCUUCUCGAUCUACAUGUUCCACGGCGGCACGAACUUCGCUUUCGGCAAUGGUGGGCUCAAUUUUGGUCAGCUGGAGCCAGUGACUUCGAGCUAUGAUUAUGCUGCACCGCUUAAUGAGAGUGGACGACCUAGGGAUAUCUACUGGCAACUCAGAGAUUUCUUACUCCCAUACCAGAAUGGGAGCCUGCCUGAGUAUCCGGAGACAAAACCGAUGCUUGAGACGGAAGAUAUUGUGCUCAAACCCGUCGCUGGCAUGUUCAACGAUCUUCCACCCGCGACAUUCUCUGGUUGGCCGCUGAGCAUGGAGCAGCUCGGCCAAGGACGUGGAUACACGCUCUACCGAUACACUACGCCCUCGUCUCACACCGGACUACUCAAAGUUGGAGAUGGACCACGAGACCGCGUGAUCGUGUAUGUCAACGACACCAUGAAAGGCGUCAUCGACAACGUCUAUGUCUACCCGCAGAACAUUUCACUCUCGCUACAUGCGGGUGAUGUCCUAAGCCUACUAGUAGAGAAUCAAGGACGAGUAGACUUCUCCACACCCCUCUACGACCAACGGAAAGGUAUUGUGGGCGAUGUCUACAUCGGCACGGCUAUGUUGGCUCCAUGGAGCAUGUACGCCCUACCCAUCCCCUCACCACCCGCCAACCUCAAUUUCAGCCUCACGAACACCAGCCUGACAAUCUCAAACACGAGCUCCCCAACCUGGUACACCGGCUCCUUCUCCCUCCCGUCCAGCAUCUGCGGCACAGCAGCAGCAGAUACCUACCUCACGAUCAACGGUGGCACGAAAGGCGUGCUCUAUGUCAACGGCUAUAAUCUUGGUCGAUACUGGAGCGUGGGACCGCAGCAGAGCCAGUAUGUUCCGGGGGUGUGGUUGAGGGAGAGCAAUGAGAUUGUUGUGUUGGAACUUGAGCCCAGGGGCAAGCAGGAGUUGGUUGCGAGGGGGAGUGGGGAGAGGGCGUGGUUUAAUAGGGUAGAUGUUGAUUGUGUGGGUUGUGUUAGUGCUAAUCCGAAUUAA